AUGCUUAGAUUCUGCUGUGGAAAAGAAGAAGAAGUAAUCAUAUCACGAAAAUCAACUGCUGCUGCAUCUCGUUCUUCAACUGCACCAAACAGUGAAACACAGCUAGUUGCUUCUCCAACUAGUUUCUUACCAGCUUCCACUAAUUUGGUGGAUCCUAUACCGCUAGAAGAGCCUAUACAAGAGCCCACUCCUAUACUCGAGACAGCAGAACACUCAACAGAAGAAAUAGCUGUUGUUAAUCAAAAAGAAAUCACAGACAAACAAGCAGUUGAACAACUAAAACAAGCAAACGAAGACGAAAUGGCCGGUAAUCCUACAGGAAAAGAUUUAAAGUUUGAAACCAUGCAGGUUCAUGCUGGAUGGGCUCCAGACCCAGCUACACACGCUCGUGCCGUCCCUAUUUACGCCACGACAUCCUUCACCUUCACUGAUUCAGACCAUGGUGCUCGUUUGUUCGGUCUCCAAGAAUUCGGAAACAUCUACACCCGAAUCAUGAACCCAACAAACGACGUGUUUGAAAAACGUAUCGCUGCUCUCGAAGGUGGUGUAGGAGCAGUCGCAACUGGAUCAGGGCAAGCCGCUCAAUUCCUCGCAAUCGCAAACAUUUGUCAAGCUGGUGACAAUAUCGUAUCUACUUCAUACUUGUACGGCGGUACAUACAAUCAAUUCAAGGUCGCCUUCCCCCGAUUGGGUAUCACAACCCGAUUCGUGACUGGUGAUGCUGCUGAAGACUUUGAGGCGCUGUUUGAUGAUAAGACUAAGGCUGUGUAUUUGGAGUCUAUUGGAAACCCACGACACAAUGUGCCUGAUUUUGAAAAGAUUUGUGCUGCUGCACACAAGCAUGGAAUCUGUGUCAUUGUCGACAACACCUUUGGACAAGGCGGGUACUUGUGCCAACCUUUAAAGCAUGGUGCUGAUGUGGUCGUUGCUUCUGCCACCAAAUGGAUUGGAGGUCACGGAACCACUAUUGGCGGCGUUGUUGUAGACGGAGGCUCAUUCCCAUGGAACAAUGGUCGCUACCCAAUGUUUACUGAACCGUCUCCUGGUUACCAUGGUCUUAAGUUCUGGGACAUUUUUGGCCCUGAAGGUCCAUUCAAAGCAAACAUCGCAUAUGGAAUCCGUUUACGUGUAGAGCAACUCCGUGACUUUGGUGCAUCACAGUCUCCAUUUGGCUCCUUCAUGUUGAUACAAGGUCUCGAAACCCUCUCUCUCCGUUGCGAGCGACACAAUGCAAACACGCUUGCCUUGGCUCGAUACUUGGAAAACAAUCCUCAUGUAGAAUGGGUCUCGUAUGCUGGAUUGGAGUCUCAUGCUUCGCAUAAAUUGGCCAAACAGUAUUUGCGAUCGGGUCAAUAUGGUGGCGUGUUGACGUUUGGUGUUAAGGGGGGUUAUGCUGCUGGGAAGGUUGCUGUGGAUUCGUUCGUGUUGGCUAGUCAUCUAGCUAACGUUGGAGAUGUCCGAACAUUGGUCAUUCACCCCGCUAGUACCACUCACCAACAGCUCUCUGAAGACGAACAAAUUGCUUCGGGAGUAACACCAGAUUUGAUUCGUGUUUCUGUUGGUAUUGAGCACAUUGACGAUAUCAUUGCUGACUUUGCCCAAGCUUUGGAAAAGGCCAGCAAGUCUGUCGCCAAGUAA